GAAGACUUUUUUUUUUUUUUUAAAAAGGGAGAGGAGGCGCUACUAGCAUAAAUAUGUCUAUGCUAGCAACACAACUCGACUAGCACAUCUGGACUGUCACUGUUAUCCAAUCUGGCAACCCCUGGCUGUAUUUUUGAGGAUCGUGGACUCUUUAGUCCAAAUGAAAACUAAAAGAACCAGGCUUUACCAGAGAUCCGAGAUCCAACCAAUCACAAAAGAAGAAGACAUUUGGAUGAAGAAUCAUUAUAGGUUGUUCUUAAUGGAGCAGACUGACAUCAGAGGGACUAAAGAUGGCUUCAGCCAAGCUAAACCACCAAAGUCUUCAUGUGAUUGUUAAGAGUCUAGACACCGGAGGAGGAAGAGGAGAUGCAGGAUAAAGAAACAGGAGGUUUAAUGAGUUCUGAUGGAGAAAUGACUGAAUGGAACAAAGAACAUUCUUCUGACAAAGGAUCUGAUUGCAAAGAGUGUCUACAACCUUGUCAGCUGCAAAGCCAGCAGUACCACAGCAAUCCCUCACAUGCCACAAAAAUUAUGAGUCUGGGAGAAGAAGAGGACAACGAGGAGGAGAAAGAAAAAGUAGUGAAGAUACCGUCUGCAUCUCCUGUACCGUUAGGUAAGAAACGUCCUGGAAGAAAGACUGUUCCCGUGUCUGUACAAAUUCCUCCUGAGCGGUUAAAACUUCCCAAGGAGAAGACCGAGUACCACUGCACUGUUUGUGGAAAAGAAUUCCUUCAUGCUUAUAAACUAGAGCGACAUCAGCUGAUCCAUACGGGAGAAAAACCAUACAGCUGCUCCAUCUGCAGUCGGGGUUUUAACCAGAAAGGAAACCUCAAAACUCACUAUAAAGUCCACCUUGGGGGAAAAAGUGCUGUGGAUGUGGUCGAUGAGGUGAAUCCUGCCGCAGCAGAACUCUCGGAACACUUGAAGUCUCUGCCAGGAGAGUCCAAGAUCCGAUUGUCCUUCCUGGAGAGUGAAAAGGACUGCAAGAGCCAGCCAGCAUUGCAAGCAUACCACGUUACCUUACUUAAGGACACGGCUGCUGACUCAGACCUGGACAUGGACCGUAGGUUACAGUUUCUCUUCUGCCACCGCUGUGGCGUUCAGUUCCAGGAGAAGGAAAAGCUGGAAGAACACAUGAAAACUCACAUCAAAGACAAGCCCUACUCCUGCCCCGACUGUGGCAAAAGGUUCAUCAAUGAAAGCUACUCCAGAGUGGAGGAGCUGAAGGUCCACCACAGGCUUCACACCGGCGAGAGACCCUAUCAGUGCGGGGAAUGUGGAAAGAGCUUCAUUUACAGACAGGGCCUGCGGCAGCAUCAGCUCACACACUCUGGAAUCAGAAUCAGGCCGAUCGGACGACCAAAACAGCAAAUUCUACACAUCUAACCUUCAAGCCAUCCUCUUCAGUUUUUUUACCCUCCAUUCAGCAGAACAGAAAUGAUCAUCCGGUGUAUGAAAAAUGUAUUUCUAUAAACUCAGUGCUGGUUGCCAACUGUAAUAUGGAGGUGUAGUCGUGUCAUCCCAUUUCAUGCCUGUUUACUCCUCUCUAGUGACUCAUUUGUACAAUUUUAGUGCCUUUGUAUCCUUCACGUCAAAUAAUAUUUGAACAAUAAAGCAUCCGUGUUUUCUGGAGAUCUGUGUUUAUGGAAAACAAA